AUGGAAGAUGCUGUGGCUUCGUUCAAAUCUCCCUCACAACUUUGUUUCCUCUUCAUGUUAUUAAUCUUAGAAGGAGCCCCAGCAAUUCCUAUUUGGGAACGCUUUGCUGAUGAUCUAGCACGGGACUAUGGUGGGAAUGUACUUGGGCCAAUGAGUGUCACUGUGAAAGCUCACACAUUACUGGACAUUCAACAACUGCUUCAACAACGAGGGAAGUCCACUGCCAAUUUUGGACUCCCUAACAUUACAAUCCACUCCGCCAAAGUCCUCACUCAAUUGGAUUAUUUCCUUCCCCAAUGUUCAUUAUUACUGAGGAAGAACUCUGAAAUGGUUGCAGGCUUUUCUUCCGAUCAACGCCAUGUAUAUGACACCCUUUGGAACGCUAUCUAUCGAAACACCCCUUCCAGCCCCCACCUCUUUUUUCUCACUGGGAGAGCUGGUAGAGGCAAAACGCAUGUUUCGAAAGCCCUGAUUCAUCUUGCUCGAGGUCAAGGUGAACUCCCAUUUGUGGUUGGAGCGACUGCAUUAGCGGCCUCAAAUUAUGACUGUGCAUGGACUGCUCAUAGUGGUUAUAUGAUUCCGGUGGUUAAAGACAAUGGGGAUGUCAUUUCUUCUUUAACACCCCAUUGUAAACAAGCUGAGUUGAUUCAAUAUGCUCCAUUUCUGAUCAUUGAUGAAGUGGGUUUAUUAAAUGUCACCGUGAUGGAGGCAAUCAACUCGUCGGAGAAGAUUGUUCUUGACUCCUUCUUUCCUCGCAUGGACAACCUCGAUGUGGUACAAAAUUUCCUCUUCCCAUUUCACAUUUUACCUCCACCCUCUUCACCUCCGGAGUCAUACCCUACCGCUGCCAUUCCGAUACUCACCUCCGGUCCUGGCAACACACCUCCUUCUACCCCCCAUGCCACCUCUGCUCCUCCUUCCCUCUCCUCCCCUAUCUCCGUCCGCUCCAAUACUCACCUCAGACCGAACACCACCCCUCUCGCCACCCUCCUACUACUCCUCCUCCUCCUACUCCGCUCCUCCUUCACAACACCUCCACCCUCCCGUCACCCUCCUAUGCUUCCCCCAUCCGCUCCGAUACUCACCUUCAGACCUGACAACUCUCCUUUCUGCCACUCCUUCCCCCUUACCUUUCCCCUCUCUCCUCCCUCUGGUACUCCUCCGCCACCCUCCUGCCAAGUUACGACCUUCCACCACUGUCCCUCCAUUGCAUUGGUGACCUCAUACUACGUAAACACCAUUGCCAAUAUCCCUCAGACUUUCAACCCCGCCUCCGUAACCUCUGUAACCUCUGCAACCCCCAAGCUUUGCGGAUCGCCUUUGGCACUUUCACCGCUUGUAAUGUAUCUCUCGCGUUUUCCCCUCAUCCCUAUUUGGACUACUGCUUCUUCCCAUUCUAGCCAGUUAGUCAUCAUCCCCACUUUUCCUCAUCCCCCUGCCCCUCUGGGCCUCGCCCUCCCUACCUCCUUUCGGACGAAUCACAGGUCCUGCCUUAUGACCUUCGGUACCGCUCUGCUUCUUCUACCCUUUGUUCCUGUUUGGACGUCUUCGUCCUGA